CUUCAAUAGCCCUGUUUUUCCGGCUUUGGGGGCUUAACAGACGCCAGGAUGUUGUCGUCCUCUUUACGACGGGCGGCCUGGGCGCCCAUCUCGUCCUUACCCUCGAUUUCGCGUUCCUCCGGUCAGGCUUUUGCGGCUUCCUCAAACGGCCUUCUCAACGCAACUCGGCCUAUGCACCAGCGCCGAUAUUCUUCUUCGAAACCUCCCGUACCUCCUAGCAAUGGCUCUAAUGGAAUCGAUGCUUCCUCACAAGCUCCUGCAAAGGGUGUUGGUGCUUCUGGAGAGAAGCGGGCAACCAGGCGGAGGGGAAGAGAUCAUAGCCGGCAUCACGGCUCCAAGUCGAACCGACAUGCUGCCUUCUCCAAUCCUCCUAGCGUCCCCUCAACCCAGCAUCUCCAACCACAUGCUGCAGAUGUACAUGUGGCGUCGUUCUUCUCCAUUUACAGGCCGAUUUCUGUCACGGCCAGCGUACCUCCGACCUCGAGCGCCGAAGCAUUCAAUGCUCUUUUCUCCUCGAGACGAUCGCCGAAAAUCGAACCGGGGGAUGUGAUCUUCACUCUGUCUUCCGCAGUCAACUCCAUGGAGAACGCGGCACAGCAAGAUGAUUUCCAGAACAUGUUGAAUGGCGGCGGUUCUCUCAGCCACAUGGAUGCAGACGGCAAUCAACUUGACGCAUUCAACAUGGCGGACUUGGAUAUUUCAAUUGAAGAAUUCACGAAGCGGCUGCGUCCAUUCCAUCCCCCACCUCCUCCUGUCCCCCUGGACGAGUACAAAAAUGUAAGCGGAGUCGAACCCACGGAUGAAGUAUCCAAGCAGACUGCUAGCUAUUCUGUUAUUCUGACAAUUCGCGAAUCUACGCAUGCCGACGGCCGCAAGACGUACGAGGCUCGCACCGCUCCGAUUUCUCGUACAGAAGAGAUGAACGACCCCGCAUCUUUUGAUACCGAGGCUGUCAUCGAUAUGCCCGCGUCCGGAAUCAACUACAUCGAGAGUCCGGAAGAGAAUAGCACCAUGCAUGCCAUCAGUACGAAGAGGAGACGGAGAUUAAAGAUGAAGAAACAUAAGUACAAGAAGCUAUUGCGGAGGACGAGAACGUUGCGACGGAAACUCGACAAGGCAUAGAUGAACCUGGUUGAUCGUGCUUUUUCCCCAUAUUAUUAUUCCUCUUUGCAAGUUUCUUUUGCUUAUUUCCUCUCCAAUUUCCCAUCAGUUCGGGACAUCCCGCAAGAAUCCAUAGGUUUCUUUUCUUUUUCACAUCUUUCGCAGUCUGUCCAUUUCCCUGCCAGGUUUCUCCUUUUCUGCUUUAUGAUGUCGUAGUCCUUUUGUGCUCUUCGUCCUUUUGUCCAGAUAUCUUAUAUCCUAACUCUUCAUGGCAUGCAUGCACUGGGCACUUUAGGUAGUUCCCUGAUAGAUAAACCAAUCCCAAUAACAUUCAGG